AAGUGAAUCAGCUGACGGACGGUAUCUCCCUCCUCCAGAGCGGAUGGAUCGCGCCGCUGAAGCCGGGCAGCGUGAGCGCUGACGCCGCAGCAGUUUUCCCACCGCCCGCUCCGCUGCCGCCGGAUGUCUCACCGACCGAACCUCAACUCAACACGUUAUCGCUUUCCCUGACCGGAAAAAAAGAAGGCUACUUUGUUUUUGUUUUUUUAUUUAUUGUUAUAUAUAUUUUUAAAAACCUCGAGCAGGAAACUACCCCCCCCCCCCCCUCCUCCUCACCAUGGCUUCCAACUUCAACGACAUAGUCAAACAGGGCUACGUGAGGAUACGGAGUAAGAAGCUGGGGAUCUUCCGGAGGUGUUGGCUGGUGUUCAAGAAGGCCUCCAGCAAAGGUCCACGACGGUUAGAGAAGUACCCCGACGAGAAGGCAGCCUACUUCAGGAACUUCCACAAGAACACCGAGCUCCACAACGUAAAGAACAUUACCCGGAUGCCGCGGGAGACAAAAAAGCACGCCGUGGCGAUCAUCUUCUGUGACGACACAUCCAAGACGUUUGCCUGUGAAUCGGAGCUGGAUGCAGAGGAAUGGUGUAAGCUGCUAUGCGUGGAGUGCCUGGGCAGCCGUCUCAACGACAUCAGCCUGGGAGAGCCAGACCUGUUAGCAGCGGGGGUGCAGCGGGAGCAGAACGAACGCUUCAACGUGUACCUCAUGCCCACUCCUAACCUGGACAUCUACGGGGAGUGCACCAUGCAGAUCACCCACGAAAACAUCUACCUGUGGGACAUACACAACGCCCGCCUCAAACUCGUCAUGUGGCCUCUCAGCUCCCUGCGCAGAUACGGACGAGACUCCACCUGGUUCACUUUUGAGUCCGGAAGGAUGUGUGACACAGGAGAGGGUUUGUUCACGUUCCAGACGCGGGAGGGGGAGAUGAUCUACCAGCGGGUCCACUCGGCCACGCUGGCCAUUGCCCAGCAGCAUGAGAGGAUGAUGGAGGAGAUGGAAAAGAGUUCCCAGAUCCACCCGAGAGAAACGCUCACCAAGUCCAUCUCCCUGCCACGCAGCGCCUACUGGCAGCACAUUACGCGUCAGAACAGCGUGGGAGAUCUCUACAGUUACCAAGGAAGCGGCCUGACAAUGACUUUCAUCCCUCGUGCGCAGACCUUCCCCAGCUUUCUGUCUGACGAACAGGAGGAGAGGCCCCGCCAGGAACAGGCGCCGUCGCCCUCUGGUGGCCCCGACUCCAGCUGCAGCCCGAGAGCCCUUCAAUGACAAAGAGCCGAGCCGCCACAACCGGACACUUUCCCCAACGCUGUAGAGCGGAUGUAGAAAUGUGUAUAGUCACACGUGUAAUAUAUUGUUUCCUGGUGACACUUACGACAAUGGUGUCAGCAGUGAAGCGAGUAACAUGUGGAAAAGGACCUUUUUUGUUUGUGCCGUGCAGCAGUAGCUUCAGAAAGUGCACCAAGAAUUCUGUAGAUGUAGUUUUGAUGUGUUUUUAAUCUGUUGUCAUUAUACUGCUAAAGCCAGCAGGACCUCCUUUUUUUUAAAUUACUGCAUUACUUUAAAAGGUAAAGAGAUACAAACGCACUAAGGCCCAUUUUUAAAACUGUAAAAAACGCCUUUGUUCUGCAAUUGAUGAAAUCACACAAGACUCAAACCACCAUUUUAAAAGAAAAUUCCACACUUUUUGACACAAAAUCCUCCGAAACUGACUGCACUUUGCUGCAUCUGUAGAAUAUGAGAAUUAGUCAGUGUCGUACAUACAGACAACUGAACUUAGAUGGCAGUGACGAGUCGGCUAAAACCAUAAAUCAGUUACGGACAGCAAAGGGAAAAAGACAUUCAAACCUAUAGCGAUAUCGGAGUAGACGGGCAUGACAGAAAUGGUAAAAAGGCACCUUCUAGUUUAAACCGGCAGCCAUACUCUACACGAGCAGAAUGAUUUGAUUUGAAAAGCUUCCCAGCUCUCCUGCAGCCUCUUGUACCAAUAACCGGUUUAUUAUUGUUGGUAACAAAGUAGAUCACGAAAAGCAAAAAUCAUGGGGAUUUUUUUGUAUUUCUGCCCGGCUGGUUUUUUCUGAUGAAGAUUUAGAAAAUACAUCAGCAUCAUAAAGUGUAUUUCAUAAAACGUGAUGUUUUCCAUCAUUGGCAGCUGAAUUGAAGCUAGGAGGAAAUGCUGUUUAUGGCCGUCGUCACGGAGAUAUCCCUAAUUGUGGCAUCGAAGUGACGGUUAGUCUGUGACAAUAACGUCCUCCUCGAGUGAGAAGUGCCUUCCCACACAGACCGCUGAGCGCCAACGCCGACCAAAGCGGCGACUUUGGACUUCUGCAGCUAACCUUCAGUUUUAAAUAGCGUCCAGCCAGCUGUGAAAUGCCACAUCACCGCUGAAAACGUUAAGCAAAAUCCGUUCCAGAGCUCUUUUGGGAAGUUGAGAAAGACACUUGUGGCCUGCUGGUUGCCGUCAGCAGACACUUGUUCAUCGGUUUAAUCGUUUGGGAUUAAAGGAAGGCGUGAAUUACAAAAUUCCAGCCGCAGCUAUGAAGAUAAAAAUUAUCCAAUGACAAUCAGUUUGAGGCUGCAAAGUCCUCCUUUAAUGUCAGAUAUAUUUAAAUGUGUUUUGUUGUUAAAAGAUCCCCGUGGAACUGGGGACACACGUACAAGCACUCAUUUUGUGUUGAAGUUAAGUUUUGCCGUCAGUCACUUUACUUUGUGUAUCGUAAUUAAAAAGGACUCGACCUUCAUGUUCAUUUGAGCCUGGAACAAAGAGCCCAUCUAUUAAAAGUGUCUGCAUGUGUAACAGGAUGCAGAAGGGACAGUUGACCUAUCCGGCUACCUUUAUCCCCCAGUGGUCCUGGUUCUGAGCUCAGGUGUGGUUAAUACACGUGUGUAAUAGUUCCACCACAUCUGGAACAUUAGAGGAAAAACUGAGAACACUGAAGAAAGUCUGAGUUGCUGUGUAUCAUUCGUAAAUUUGGUUGCUUAUGUUGCCAUUCACUUGUUUGUGAUGUGUUGGAUUUCUGUUGUCGCUUCAGUAGGUUUAAUGAUGAUGAUUUUUGUUUUUUUUGUCUCAUCACGUUUUGUGUUCUGGUCCUGUCAGAUUAUAUGUUAAUAGCACUUUGAAGUGUAGGAGUACAGUUUUCGCUAAAUGUAAAUAUGUAAUGUUUUUGAUGCCAAAAGAGUAAUAAAUUUAAUGUUCUAUCAUG